AUGGCGCCGGCGAGCCCGUCUGCCGCCGUGCCGGUUUUAGGCAAUGCUCAUGCAGGAGUAAAAUCUCCUCCGCCCGUCGUCGGCGCCCUCAAAUUCGGGCUCUGCGCCAAAGACUUUCAUGCGUGUGCCCUCGCAACUGAGGGUCGUAUCGAAGAGGAGGCCGCCGCCGCUGCAGGGCGCGAUGAUGACUUCCGCCUUCGCCUGGCCGAGGAUGACAUAACGUUGGCCAUGGGGCGGCACGAGCCUGGCGCCCGUGAACUCGGCGACGAUUCUGGCCGCGACGACCUCGUGGCCUGA